AUUUGUAUAUUUUAACAAAAUGUCUAUGAAGUUUGCUUUAUUUGAGUUUUCCGAAGAUGGCAGUUCCGAAGUAGGGGAAAGUUCAUGGAUUACUGGAAAAGAUAGGUCAACUUUCAAUAAUGAUGAAUGGAUUCAGGACGAGGAAGUAAUAGUUCGAUGGCCUAAAUUGCCACGAGACUAUACAAAAUGGUCAAACAAAAAUGGAAAAUCCCCGCUUGAUCCUGCGUGUGAGACUGAAACGCAUGCUGCUCGUGUCUUGAAAUUCAAUGAUACAUAUGAUGGCAUUCGUAAGAUGAUGACCACAUAUAUUCUGCAUGGAACUAUGCAAACACCAGCAAGAGGAAGAGGAAAGCGACAGAGCAAAAGGAAUGAACGCUAUUGUGACACAAGUGAUGAGGAUAAGGAUAAAGAACCACCACAAAAAAAGAAGAAAAUGAAGACACCUACAAACUCGUCACUGUCGAAAAAUCAUAUUCAGCAUUUGAAAGAUAAAAUUGAGAGGGGAAAGAUAUUUGGAAGCAGCGAUGAGUCAAGUGGUUCGAGCCCUGAAGAAUCUCAGCCAAAAAUGGAAGAAAUGAGGCAACAACUUUGUGCCAAAGACAAAGAAAUUAGGGCAUUAAAAGAAGAAAUAAAAAAUUUGAAAGACCUGCAAGAUGUUGCUAAAGAGUUAAAAACUUCGAUUGAAGUACUGAGCAAGCUGACCCAGGGUGUGACUGCCAUACAGAAGUUGCCCUCUACACCGAAGCACAUCCAUGAAGAAAUCAUCACCCGGAAAGUUGACACCACAAAACGUCCUUCAUCACCAACUUGCAGUGUUGUCAGCGCAACAACGACAUCCAGCAGUGACAGUGAGACAGAAAAGGUCACCCUUUGCCCUGGUGUCAACAUUUCUAAGGGUCAAAAGAAACUGUUGGCCGCUAAGCAGAAUCCAAAGGAUUUUGUAUACACUCUUUUGCCAAUGGUAUGGUCAAGAGAGGUUCUGUGUAGCCAUUCGGUAACUGGGCGUCAGUCAAAUGCGCAUAAAGACAGGGAGGCAAAGCCGCAGCUGGACAAUGAAAAGGUCGACAGUAUUUGCAACAGUUAA